CACUGCCCUCUGCCUCGACCUUAUGCAGCCACACGCCACCAUGUGCCACACCAGCUGCUCCUCAGGCUGCCAGCCAGCCUGCUGUGUGCCCAGCCCCUGCCAGGCAUCCUGUUAUGUCCCUGUGGGCUGCCAGUCCUCCGUGUGCGUGCCCGUGAGCCUCAAGUCAGCCGUGUGCAUGCCCGUGAGAUGUCAGUCCUCUGUGUGUGUGCCUGUGAGCUACAGGCCCGUCGUGUAUGCGGCUCCCUCCUGCCAGUCCUCUGGGUGCUGCCAGCCUUCCUGCACCAGCGUCCUCUGCAGACCCGUCUCCUGCAGCACCUCUUCCUGCUGCUGAGCGUGAAUCUCCAGACCUGCUGCUCCCCGUGCAGAUGAGGCCACACCUGUACACUCCCUGGAUGAGUCCUCAGUUGGUCUUCUGCACAUGGUGCAGGUGAAAAGCAUGCUCAGUGAACCCUCUGAAUUCUGGAUCGAGAAUGUGACAGAAUGAUCUGGAGCCCUUGCUGACCUUGCCCAUCCCCCCAGGGAAGUCUGGGGUCCCAGAGUCAUUCUCUGACCCCAUGAGAGCCAAAUAAACCAGCUUUCCCCACGCA